GAAGGAAGGAGCUUGUUUGGAUGUGCCCAACACAGAGAAGAAACGACCCACAGUCACUGCUGCUUAUAAUCUGAGGAGGUUCUGCCGGGUGUUUUCUACUGGCUUCCUAACCAUGAAGCCCGGACUGCAUUUCUUAAGCUUUCUACUAACUUUUCCUCUCAUCAGUGGAUCACCUUUUCAGUACAACAUGUUUCAGGGAAACCCGUAUUCCGCCUCCGAAUCGCGACAGAGAAACAAAAACUGGUGCGCCUACGUUGUGCACAAGAAUGUGAGCUGCGCCGUGGUUGGAGGCACAGAGAGCUUUGCGCAGCCUGCGUUUUUACCGUGCCCACCGGAGCAGCCAAACUGUGCGCAACAAGUGAUAUAUCAAACACAUUUUAGGCCCACAUACAAGAUUGGCUACAAAAUUGUGACGGAACUACAGUGGAGGUGCUGCCCGGGAUAUCAGGGUCACGACUGCAUGGAGGUGAAAGACAUGAAACUUCUUCAAAUAGAGCGUUUGCCCCAUGGCUCUUCAAACUCUGGGUAUUCAAAGCCACAAGCUCCCAACCAGAGGACUCAGCCUCAGAGAAAUCAUCCAUCAGCAUGGGGGGGACAGAUCAGAGGUCAAACAGUUGACAGGGCACUAGAAGGCCAAGGAAGACCUCAAAGUGCGCAACACUUGGAGGAAGAGGUGCAGCAGUUGUCCCAGAUGGUCCUCGACAUGCAGGCCAGAAUGACAGACAUGGCCUCCAACUUGAGACUGGACUUUCAGGAGGAUGCAAGUAAAAUGUUGGUUACUCUGCUGAAUGACCUCAAACAGCCUGCCAGUGCUCGGGGUGCAGAGACAGAGAGCUUUCAGGUGCAGAAUUUCUCUUUUGGUCAAGGGACCACGUCUUUGGAUGAGGUCAUGAACAAGAUAAACCAAGUUGCGGAUGAUCUGGGGUCAAGGAGCAAUACCUUGGAUGAUUUACUGGAUCGAGUAAACGUCCACGAUGGGCAAAUUCGUCUGUUGUUGCAGACUGGUCAGAAUCCUCUAUCUACAUCCCAACCUGCCCCUCAGGGCAGUGAUGUUGAUCUGCGAGCCUACCUGGAUGGUAAGAUCAACGCUCUGCGAGAAGAGUUGAUGGAAGGCAUGGAAAUCAAAAUGGCCGAUAUGAAGAACUCUUGCGAUUAUAAAAUCCUCUCAGUUCAGGAACAGUGUGAAGGACAGGAGGCCAACUACCUCAGUCUGACUGAACUCAUGGACUCAAAAGAAGGAGACCUCCGCAGUGAGAUCCAGGACCUUAAUACAAAACUGGCUGAUCUACAGAAGGCAGAAUCAGCAGAUUCUCACUCUGUCCUGGCUCACCUGGAAAACCUGGAAAACCAUUUGAACUCUUCUCAGAAGACUUUGCUGGAGCAGUGCCUCUCUGUAGGGGAGAACCUUCAGAACAAGCAGGAGGAGACCGUCAAGAACCUGAAGGAGACAUUGGACGACAAGCUGGCAUCCAUACAGGACCAACUCAUAACCCAGCUGACAGCGACAAACACCAGCUUCAUGUUUAUGAGCCCAAAUGCUCUGCUGAAAGACAUUAGCUCUGUAAAGGAUUCAGUUGAUAAUCUGGGGCAUAAAGUCAAUGGCCUGGACCGUUUGUGCUCAGAAGAGUGCAAAGCUAAUUUAACUCCUCUAGAAAACCUUCAAAAAGACUUUCAGAGCUAUAAAUCUGCUGUAGAUAACAUCGAGACACAUGUGAAUGUUCAGAUAAGAGACUUUGAAUCCAUGAAGGGUCAACUCCUCAGCAUUAACAGCAGCAUUGAGAAUGUGAACAUAGAGUUAGGUGACCGUCUAGACAGAGUAGAAGACUCAAUACUGGAUGUAGUAAAUCAUCAGAACCUGAACUCCUCCUGGAGUCAAAUAAAAGAAGGGGCCAUGCAGGAGGCUAAGGAUCUUUUGGAGCUCCACAGGGCGCAACAUCAGGAGCUGAGACAGCGUUUGGAUGAGCUGGGCAGGAAGGUGAAAGCUGAGGCCGACAGUUGCAGAGAAACAACUCAAGACGUGGGGGAGGAGCUCACCAACAUGGACAGCCGGAUUGUUAAUGUUGAGGCUCUGUGCAGCAAGCUGGAUCCCAUCUCCAUCAUCCUCCUGAGGAUGAAAGAGGGCCUGAACAAGCACAUCACUGGUCUGUGGACCUGCGUGAACCAGUUGAACGGCUCGGUCCAGACUCAUGCUGAUUAUAUCCAAGGACUGAGGGGAACAUGCCAGACCCUUCAGAAUGUAAUCUUGAAGAUAGCCGGAGACCUUCAGACACUAACACAUGGCUCUCUUGGAAAGGAAGGUGCCAGUGUUGGACCGUUGGAAGCAGGAUCUCCUUGGGUGUCAGCUGAGAGUUUUAAAGUGUCAGCUGUCCCUGUAGAGCCCUCCCUUCAGCAUCUACCUGUGAUGGAGACAGGAGAGGCAGGUCCACCAGGAGAAAUGACAUCUGAGUUGGCCAAAGGGAUGGACGUAAACAUGAUGUCUGUUCAGGGAUUUGCUGGAGCUCCAGCUCCACCUGUUAUCUCCACUGACCCCCUAAUGACCAGUAUGCCUCUAAUCUCAGCGACAGAUGUGAAUAUGCCUCAAAGACCUCCAAACCAAAAAACCAUCACAGCUUCAGGUGAGAAGGUGUCCUUCUCAGCUGGUCUGACUCUCCCACCAUUCCAAGGAGAAGUCGGAAUAAUCCGAUUCAACAAGGUGCUGGUCAACGAUGGAGGACAUUAUGACCCUCAUACAGGUAUCUUCACCACUCCCACAGACGGCCGCUACCUGGUGACGGCCAUGCUCGCUGCCCAGAGAGGAGAGAAGGUCGAGGCCGUGUUGUCGGUGUCCAACAACAGCAUCCAGAUGCUGGAUUCUGCAGGCUUCUCCUCUGAGGCUGCAGAGCCACUGUCGCAAGAACAAUGCAGCUGCAGCGGCUCGACGUCCCUGAGUCUGGUUGUUUCGAUGAAGCAAGGAGACCGAAUGGGACUCGUGCUGACCGCUGGAAAACUCGCCAUCUCUGACUCCCCACAGAUCGUGUCAUCUUUUAGUGCUGUGCUUCUUUACGGCAGCCCCUGAUAAAACGGUAGCUCCUCUGACUCUUUGUUACACAAACAGCUAAGAUGAAGCAUUUUCAGUUGGUUUGGUUAAAUUAUCAGAAAAUGGUGACACUGUAUUUAAGACAAGUGCGUAAGAGAAGAAAGUCUCACACUUAUAAAUGGGAUGACCUGAAUUAUAAGUAAUAAUAUAUAGUUUUUAAGUUUUAUCCUGCUUUUAUGCUGCUUUAACGGUUCAAAAGAAUUGGAAAUGCACACAAACAGCCUGUCAGAGCUUAAAUAUAAAAAGGCAGUCAGUCAUUUUCUACCGCUUAUUCCAUAGCGGGUCACGGGGGAGCUGGUGCCUAUCUCUAGCAGUCUAUGGGCGACCUGUCCAGG